AUGUCACUCACAGCCGAACCAUCAGCUGCUGAUUUUGCCGCAUCUGGUGGUGCAUCAUCGCACACGCUGACGAAUUGUUGUAAAGAUCGGCUGAUCUUCAAGGUGAAAAGUUCCAACAACGAUAAUUAUCGGGUAUCCCCUGUCUUUGGUUUUCUCAGUCCCGGUUCCACAACAACAUUGGAAGUCAUUCGCACGGCUGGACCAAUCAAAGAAGACAAGAUAGUGAUAAACUUUGCUGUAGCUCCUGCUGAUGCUACUGAUGCGCAAGCUGCAUAUCGUUCAGUACAAACAAUAGGAAAUGUCACAAUUCCGCUAUUUGUUGCUUAA